AUGGUAGUCAAAGCUAUUGCAGAAAAAGAUUCUUUCGAAUUAGAAAUUAAGGAAGGAGUGACGGUAGUUGACUUCUACGCCGAUUGGUGCGGACCCUGCCGUUCUUUUGCACCGAUUUUAGAGGAGCUUAGUAAAGAAUAUGAGGGCAGAGUUAAAUUCUUAAAAGUAAAUACUGAUAAAUUACAAGAUUUGUCUGCGAGCUAUUCUAUCACCGCGUUACCAACUUUCCUUAUCUUUAAAAAUGAUCAAUGUAUGGAGGAAUUGAGAGUUAUUGGCGCUGUUAAGGAAAACUUGGAAAAAAAUAUUAAACAAGCAAUUGGUAACUGA